AUGACGGUUCACGAUAGGAGUGUUCUCGUCCUUUAUGGGUCUGAGACGGGUAAUGCCCAGGAUAUGGCUGAGGAGCUGGGGCGAGUUUGUCAGAGGCUGCAUUUCAAGAGUCGUGUGGAGGAACUCGACGCAGUAGAUUUAAACGCCCUUCUUCAACCUAGCUUUGUGAUAUUUGUCAUAUCAACCACUGGCCAGGGGGAUAUGCCUCAUAACUCAUUGCUCUUCUGGAAAAGGCUACUGCGCAAAAGACUACCCCCGGGUUGCUUGGCUUCAGUAAAUUAUACAACUUUUGGUUUAGGUGAUAGCACUUAUGUGAAAUUUAACUGGGCAGCUCGUAAGCUAAACAGGCGCCUUGACCAACUUGGUGCUGCAACGUUUAUUGAUCCCUUUGAAGCCGAUGAGCAAUUUCCAGAUGGCAUCGAUGGCAGUUUUGUGCGCUGGAGUGAACAACUCUACAAUCAUUUACUCGAACACCACCCUCCACCUUCUGGCCUAAAGCCUAUUCCAGACGAUGUCAUUCUUCCUGCAAAAUGGUCUCUAUCAAACGCUUUCGAAAACAAGUCAGAAUGUUGUGGUCAAACGCCGCUCACAGCUCAUAAUCUACCCCCCUCUUUACCACUCCCUAUCCCUGAAGGAUGGACAGCUACCUUGGUCGGAAAUGACAGACUUACGCCAGAGAACCAUUGGCAAGACGUUCGUCUAAUAUCGUUCGAUAUUCCACGCCUUGAUGAUAUCAAAUUGUCCUGUGUACCUGGAGACUGUCUCACCAUCUACCCCAAAAACUUUCCCGAGGACGCACAAAGGCUCAUUACGCUCAUGGGCUGGGAAGAUAUUGCUGACAACCCUAUUGACCUUUCUCUUUGCGAGUCUCUCCCCACGAACCUCUACAUAGACACCAAGUGCACCCUACGAGACCUUCUCUUGAAUAAUAUUGACUUCACUGCCAUUCCCCGGAGGUCAUUCCUCAAGAAUAUGUCAUAUUUCUCAACUAACCCCGACCAUAAGGAGCGUCUGCUUGAGUUCACCAUGACUGAGUAUCUAGACGAAUAUUUUGAUUACGCCACGCGGUCCAGACGAUCGAUUCUCGAAGUUCUUGAAGAAUUCACAUCCGUCAAGCUGCCGGCUGAGCGCCUCUUCGACAUCUUCCCAAUAAUCCGUGGCCGAGACUUUAGUAUCGCCAACGGCGGUCUUCAUCAAAACCAUCCCACAGACGAGGGCAAAACCCGGAUUGAACUCCUUGUCGCUCUCGUGAAAUACCGAACUGUCCUCCGCAAACCUCGCGAAGGUCUCUGCUCUCGUUAUCUCGACAGCAUCCCUCUCAACUCGACUCUCACUGUCACCCGCAAGCCCGUACUCUCGCCUAUUCACGGUUCACAAAACGCCCAGCGGCCUCUCGUCGCCAUCGCCACAGGUACCGGUCUCGCUCCUAUUCGUGCUCUCGUCCACGAACGUCUCACGCACCCCUUCCCGGGUCCUAUGUACCUCUUCUUCGGAAACCGUAACCGCGAGGCAGAUUAUUUCUUCCAGCAAGAGCUCGACGCUGCUGUGCGUGAAGGGCAUCUGAACGUGUUUCUUGCGUUUUCGCGAGAUCAGCGAAAUAAAAUCUACGUGCAGGAUCGGCUGCAUGAGGAGGUGAAAACGAUCGAGAAAGUGAUAUUGGACAAUGGACUAUUUUGUGUCUGUGGUGGCUCGACUAAGAUGGCGGAUGCAGCCAAGAAGGCUGUUUUUGAACCCUUUUCGAAAGACGUCGACGAUAUAGAGGAGCGCAACAAGAUCUUAGCUACUUUGACAUGGUGGCAGGAGAUUUGGUAG